ACUGGUUAUUGUCCAAAACUAUAAUUAGAGUGUGUCUCAUCGUGCAACACUUGAAGCAAUUCUGCCAGUCUUCAACCACAGACCCUUUCAGAGAGAAGGAAGACACUUCCCCAGAGGGAAAUAUCAAUUAAAUUCUGUUCUUUGGGGGCAAGAGUAGAUCCAAACCACUCCAUUUCUUUCUUGUAAAUGGCAGCAGUGGACAAACUCUCCUGGUGGUUCAGUUCAUAGAGUGCACAAACAUUUCCACAGGGGGGAAAUAUUGUAACCUCCAGAUGUUCCUAACAGAAGAAAGAAAACUAACCAUUCACAAACACUUCUUACCAGAAUGCAAUUCCUACAGAUACUGUCCAGGAAACCAGGGAAACUGGAAAUGCUUUUUCAAAUACCAUUUUGUCAAAAGCAGUUCCCAUACACCUGUCUGGCUACUUCUGCAUGUAUUUACAGUAAAAAGAAAAAAGCAAACGGUUACGAACAAGUUGACCAAGAAAAGUACAAGAACUUGGUCUACUCUGUUACGUCUUACAAGAGCAGCGCCCAAACACCAGAGACAUUAUUUGAAGAAGACAAUUUGUUAUAUGGGCCACCGGAUAAACACAGACCUCCAGUUAAAGCUGGGACAAAGACUCCCAAGAACUGGGUUCCUUUAAUAAACCCCGACAAGAGAAUUCCUCCUCUCAACAGCGAUUCAAACCUCCCCAGGAAAAUCGCGUUACAAAAAACGAAAAUGCCCAGUGUUACCCAUAUUCUUCAACAAACUCUCUCUCCACAGCAAGUCUUUUAUUUAGAAAGAUGGAAGGAGAAAAUGAUAGCGGAACUUGGAAAAGAUGGUUUCGCAAAGUAUACCAAAAAUCUUUUCCUCCAAGGAGAGCUCUUUCAUUCAGCUUUGGAAUCUAUAUUCCUGUCUGAAGAGAUGGCAAUUAAGGAGAAGAGCAAAGAUGGUGUUAUUUCUGGUUACUUAUCAAGUGUGGAACAUGUCUUAGAAGAUAUCAGCGAAGUGAAAGCUCUGGAAAGUGCAGUUCAUCAUGAGACCCUUCAGUAUCUGGGCCUGGUAGACUGCGUGGCAAAGUAUCGAGGCCAAUUGUGUGUGAUUGACUGGAAAACUUCAGAGAAACCAAAGCCGUUUCUGAAGAAUACUUAUGACAACCCAUUACAGGUUGCAGCAUAUAUUGGAGCCAUAAAUCAUGACGCCAACUAUGACUUCCAGGUUCGCUGUGGACUCAUCGUGGUUGCCUAUAAGAACGGCUCCCCUGCGCACUCCCAUUUCAUGGAUCCUGAUCUGUGCCUGCAGUACUGGAAUAAGUGGCUUUUGCGCCUUGAAGAGUACAUGGACAGAAACUGAGAAGAAUCUAAGAAGAAGCACGUGGUCUGAGCAUAGAGACAAAGGAAGAAUCUUUUAAGUAUACCACUUUAAUUUACAUUCUUUUUUGAAUAACUUUGACUAAUUUCUUACCAUCGGGUAUUUUUUCCACCGUAAAAAGAACCAAAAA